AUCCUCGCUCUCCUGCUCUCAUGUGCGUGUGUGCACGUCCUCGCUGAAGAAGUGCCUGCCGCCGAUCUUUCCGACCAAGUCCCUGAUACGGAGAGUGAGACAAAGAUUCUUCUUCAGGCUGAUGACAGUUGCCCUCAACGUUCUGAAGAAGGUAAAUCUUGUGCUGCUCCUGCUCCUGCUCUUGGUCCUGGUGGUCCUGCUGCUGCUCAAGAGCUUAACACCAACGGUCAGAAUAAUCAAUCUGUAAGUGGUCAACUGCACGGUACUGGCGGUAGUGUCCUUUCUUCUCAGACGAGUGAACUGGGUAGUGAAGCUGAAGCCACUACUACUCAAAACGAGAGGGGGAAUAAGUUAACAGGUGCAGAGGAUGGUGCAGGAAGGAGUCAAGAAAUUCACCAGCAGCAAGAGAGCAGACAAGAUCCAACACAACGUAAAGAAGCUACUCCUGGGGUGACAGAAAACUCAAAUCAAGAAGCUUCAACGCAGCAACCUCAACAAUCUGGUGAUACAUCCAAUAAUAGUAGCGCAGUCAACACCAGUGCAGCCAGUGGAGAAGGUACAGGUGCACAAUCAUCUCCUCCUUCUGCGUCUUCUCAAACUGAUGGAACUGCGGAAGGUGGUAAUUCUGCAGAAACAUCAACGAAUAACUCAGCGAGUACGAACCCUGAAACUGAUAGCACAUCCACUAAUGAGGAAUCAACCAGCACCUCAACAACAACAACACUUCCUCCUGAAACUGCAAACAACAACAAGAAGGGUGAUGCAGACAGCAGCAGCAGUAUCAGCAGUUCUGUGUGGGUGCGUGUACCGCUGCUGAUUGUGGCUGUGUUGUUCUCCGCUACUGUGUACUGA